AUGACGCCAAUUCAGGUUCAUACUAUACCCCUGAUGCUGCAAGAUCAGCCUGCUGACGAAAAUGCUGGUGUUGUGGGGUCCUUUGAUCUGAUGGCCGCUGCUCAAACUGGUUCAGGCAAGACUCUAGCCUAUCUCUUGCCAACACUUCAUCGGAUAAUGCGCACAUAUCCAUCGGAUUCAAUGACUGCCCUUGCCAAUAGUGAGUACCAGAUCCAAUUCCCAUCUGCACUUGUCCUUGCUCCAACUCGCGAACUGGUCCACCAAAUCAGGGUCGAGGCUAGCAAG